AUGAAUGUAAACGACGAUCAAACAUUAAAACAUGGAAGACGACUAUCGCCUGACCUAUCGUCGAUGGAUGAAAUACGAGGUAUUAGACGGCCAACAGAAAUACCGGAUUACGGUUUAUUGAAUGACCUACUUUGGUCAGAUCCUUCAGAAACAGCAAUUGAUUGGGAGGAUAAUGAACGUGGUGUCAGUUAUUGCUUCGGAAAAGCAAUAAUCCACGAUUUUCUAAAUCGACAUGACUUUGAUUUGGUAUGUCGUGCUCACAUGGUUGUAGAAGAUGGUUAUGAAUUUUUUAACGAACGGACAUUGGUCACUGUAUUUUCAGCUCCUAAUUAUUGUUAUGUUUAA